GUAGAGUAGGGCUCGGAAUACACAUUAGUCUAGCAGAUUCCUCGUUCAAUUUCAUUGUGUGUUACAUGUGGGUCUUAUUGUGUGUUUGAGUCUCAGCCAGGCGAGUCCCAUUGUGUAGGCUCUCAGGUUCGCCAGCGAAACAGCCAUAAUUGUUUUUACGAUGGAAAGCACAGCCUCUGCAGUGCCCCCUUCCAGUGAAGAUCUUGUUGCGGACACAAAAGAAAAUAAUCAGCCACCAUUUUGUGGGACCACUGUCUCAGGAAGCUCCCAGGCUCCUUUACAUCCACAUUCUCCUACUCUUCAGCAAGAUGAGAGGGAGGAGCUGACAUUGCAUCAAAGUGGGGAGCAGCAAUUGGGAAACAGUGGAGAAUUAAGACAGGAGGAAGAGUUACCAAAGGCACGGCGGGGUGGCUGGAACAAGGGACGAAAGAGGAAAAGAAGCCCCCGUGACAACAAUGCACCUAAAGCACCUUUAACAGGGUAUGUGCGCUUUAUGAAUGAAAGAAGAGAGCAGCUCAGGACAGAGCGUCCAGAUGUUCCAUUCCCAGAAAUCACCAGGAUUGUAGGGAGUGAGUGGAGCAAACUACCUGCCCACGAAAAACAGCAUUACUUGGAUGAAGCAGAAAAAGAUAAAGAGCGUUACACAAAGGAACUGCAGAAGUACCAGAACACAGAUGCCUACCAAACAUACAGCCGCAAGGCCAAGAGCCGUCAGAAGGGAAGGCAGCAAAGGCAAGAGGGAGUUCGAGGAGUCCCAAGCAACACAGAGUGUUCUGAUGUCCCUGUGCACUGCAGUUCACAAAUGCAAAAGAAAGAAUCCAUUUUGAAGGAAAGGCCAAUCUUUGACAUUCCUAUCUUUACAGAGGAAUUUCUGAAUCACAGUAAAGCACGGGAGGCAGAGUUAAGGCAACUCCGGAAGUCCAACAUGGAGUUUGAGGAACGUAAUGCAGCCCUACAGAAACAUGUGGAAAGCAUGCGUUCAGCUGUUCAAAGAUUGGAAGCUGAGCUGAGCCAAGAACACGAGAGAAACUCUCUGUUACAGCAGCAUUUACAGAGCGUCCGUCAGGCACUGACUCACUGUCUGCAGUCUGUGCCAGUUCCAGGUACAACAGAAACUCCAACCUUAGAGACCAUUGACUUAUACAUGAGCCGUUUGCAGAAUGCGGUGCUUACACACCCCAAGGAGAGUGAAGUUAUUAUCUCUGGUGUCAGAGAAGUUCUAAGCCAGCUAGAGGGGUGAAGAGAACAUGUUUAAUUCAUAUUAAUGAUUUGGAACUUCAACUUUUUUUUAUCGCUCAUAUGGUUCUCUUUGAUGCCAAAUACAAUGCAGAAAACACUUCAGACAUCAUCUCUGCAAACUUCCCUAGCCUGUACUGUUUUCAGAAAAAUUCUUCUUAACUUUUUGUCCAGGGAAAACAGCUGUACCUUUGCGCAUUUUGUCUCUGAAUAUGCCUUCAGUAGCUACCGCUACAUUUGGGCUGGUGCAUUAAGUUCAGUUUGUAAAAUAUUGCACAUCUAGACAUAUUUCUUUUUAGGGUUUAGUUAGGGUUCAUCAUUUUAUAGUCAUUUGUUUUCCCUGUUAUUUAAGGAACAUUUUCUGUAAGUACAAAGCUUCCAUAUGUGCUGGGGUUAAGUUGGCCAAACGUACUGGUCAUUUGCCAUUAUUUUCUGUGAUUAUGGUCUGACCAAUAAAUGAUGACAUGGAACGUU